AUUAGAAGUCGCUAAAGGCAUACACGCAUGACGUGAUACUGACUGCGGAGAAGCUCUUCUCCUGGAGAAAUGGAAAGAGGCAUUUUUCUGAUCUUUCUCAUUGGCUUGUGGCCAAGAGUCCCAGGCCUGUUCACUGUGCAGGUGACCAGGCCCCUCCUCCAGGCUGAGUUUGGGGGCAAUGUCACGAUGGAGUGCACCUUCCUGUCGGGGGACCCCGAGCAGAGCCUGUCCGUUUUCUGGAGCCGUACCCACCCUGACUCCAUGGAGGUGUACAGGUUGGAGAAUGGGGAGGAGGACCUGCGCCUCCCGGACCCCCACUACAGCGGUCGGGUGCAGCUGAAGAGGGGCGAGCUGAAGAACGGACGGGCUGUGCUGCAGAUCUCCGAUCUGAGGAUCACCGAUUCCGGAACGUACCAGUGUCUGAUGGAGAAGGGGGGAGCUGAUUAUAAACAGAUCCAUCUGGCAGUAAGAGCUCCCUAUAAAUCGAUAAAUAAAAGCAUCAAGACGAGUGAGAGAGGGGUGGAGCUCUCUUGUGAGUCCCAGGGCUAUCCAGAGGCCCGUGUCGUCUGGACAGACUCCACCGGCAGGAACAUAACCCAGGAGCCUAACAUCACAACGGCCACAACUACCAGCCAGCUGUUCCACAUCAUCAGCACAGUGAUUGUGAAAAGCUCCAACAACACCUACACCUGUACCUUUGUGGGGGAAGGGCUUAUGGACCGAUCAGUUCUGUUCCAUAUUCCAGAUGAAAUACCUCAGAAGAUGAUGGCAAAAAGUUCCUUGAUUCCCUUCAUGGUUAUAAUGGCUCUUGGGAUGAUUGUGCUAUGUGUGGGAAUCGUGCUAUUCUUACGGUGUAAAGGUGACAAGCAACACGCCAUAGCACGGACCAAAGACCGUCUACUCACCAAGGAUUUUAGUCCAGCAGGUCUUUCCCUGGACACCACCAUUGAGAUCCAAACGUGCGUUGAAGAAAACAAGAGAAUGGGGAGUCUGACUCAUGUUCUGAGAAGCAGAUACGCGGGUCUCGCAUCAGAUGUGGUGUUGGAACAACUCUUGUGCUUCUGUGACAAGGUGUUGCCACGGCAUCUACGUGACAGGGAAGGCUUGCCUUUGCCAGCCACUGCCCUGCUGCCUGCUGUCGGGGAAUGCCUUCUACUGGAGGGGGAGUCUAAGACUGGGAAAACCAGUGUGGCACGGGCCCUGGCCUCCAGCUGGGCCCAGAACUCUGACUGGGACCCAUUCGGGGCCAAGAGCUGUCAGCUGGUCGUCAUGGUGACCUGCGAGGGAGCGAUGGGUGACCUGUUCCAGGAAGUGUCGUCACAGCUGGACCUGGACGGGGAGCUCACCGUUUCCACCCUGCAGGACGUUCUGACCGGGCCAGUGGACACCCUGCUUGUCCUGGACGGAUACAGAUCGGGGAACGUGGGCCUGGAGGCGUCGCUCCGGGAGCUCCUGAGUGGGCGGAAGGCCUGCCGGGUGCUGGUGACGGCCCGGCCGGGUCAGGGCAACGACCUGCAGGAGUUUGUCAGGACUACGCUCGUGCUGAUGAGCGAGGCUUCAGAACGCCUCGAGCGCUGCUGACAUCAAACAGACGCGAUGGACAGUCUCAAAUUUCACAAUGUCACGCACCACCGUUGCCACUCAGUAGCCUGUUUGUGAAUGGUGAAAGGUGAAAGAUGCCAUUUCUCCUUUUGUCUGUAACAUGUACCCUUAAGCUGCCUCAGAGUGGCAUCGGGUAAUGACUAGUGCAACAUUACAAAGGGGGAGUUAUUUUAGAUGUAUGAAAUCAUGUCCGCCAUUUCAGUCACAUUGCUGUUACGCCACCAUGUCCAACUAAACCCUGUUCCUGCCCCUGUGUUCAGCUGUAAUUAUAUGAUGCUCCUGCCAGGGGCAGGCUAAUGAAGGCUGGUCCUUUCAUUAUGAAGAACAACUUCCAUCCAUCCAUCCAUUAUCUUACCCGCUUAUCCUGAACAAGGUCACGGGGGGCUGGAGCCUAUCCCAGCAUACAUUGGGCGAAAGGCAGGAAUACACCCUGGACAGGUCGCCAGUCCAUGGCAGGGCACACACACCAUUCACUCACACACUCAUACUCAUAAUUUAGACUCCAAUCAGCCUAACCUGCAUGUCUUUGGACUGUGGGAGGAAACCGGAGUACCCGGAGGAAACCCACGCAGACACGGGGAGAACAUGCAAACUCCACACAGAGAGGCCCCGGCCAACGGGGAUUCGAACCCAGGACCUCCUUGCUGUGAGGCGACAGUGCUACCCACUGCACCAUCCGUGCCGCCAUGAAGAACAAUUUUCAGCAGUGAAACACAAGCCGUCUUCCAGUCACUUUAUACAUAUAAAUAUACUCAUAUACAUACACCAAGCACUUUAUUAGAACUGCUCACUGGAUGUUUUUUUGUUUUUCGCACCAUUCUCUGCAAACUGAGACUGUUGUGCGUGAAAAUCACUGAUUCGUAUUCAAACCAGCCUGUCUGGUACAAACAAUCAUUCCACGGUCAAAGUCACUUAGAUAAUUUCUUCCCCCUUCUGAUAUUUGAUCUGAAUAACAACUGAACCUCUUGACCAUGUCUGCAUUUUGUGCAUUUAGUUGCUGCCACAUGAUUGGCUGAAUAAAUACUUGCAGUAAUGCCUCUGUGAUGCAUUACUUUUUUGUUCACAAAUUUGUGGGCUAUCAUAAACCAAAAA